AUGCCACCAAGUGCUAAAGAAACAGAAUUCGCUCAGGACCAAGGAUUCCCUUCUGUCAACGGAUCCCGUCGUCGCCAACCCCCACCAAAGCUUAAGAAGCCCGUCCCUCACUACCGUCAUCUGGUCCGAUGGAGCAAGGACAAGACCCCCGAGUCGGUUGAGGAGCAGCAGAUGAACCAAGACCUCGUCAUACUUCGUCAUAUCAUGGACCUCUUCCUCAACUCACGCAUGGCUGAGGCGGAGGCUAUCCUUGCCAAGGGUGUUGUUCCUGUGGGCGAGGAACUUCCUAUUCCAGGAGCAGCAGGAGCAGGAGCAGGAGCAGCGACGACGACAACGGCUUCGGAGAAGGCUAAUGAGGCCACUGCUAACAGUAACAACAACAACAAGGGUGAUGAUGCUUCGAGUGUCACCUCUUCCUCCGCUCCUUCGACUGCACCAUCUUCCGCCAACAAGGAUGAGAAAAGUGAGAAAAAGUCCGCCUCGCAGUCUUCCUCUACAGGCUCGUCCAAGAAAGGAGGAUCCAAGGAGGUUCGGUCGAUGUACUUUGAGCUGGCUAAGGGUAUCAUCCAAGGCCUUAGAGCCCUGGUCACAUUUGACCCGUUCGAGAUUGAGGCGGGUAUGAAGGCGUUUGAGAUGGCGAUCAAGACGGCGGACAAGCAACGGAAGGGAUCAAUGCUCGGCUUGGGCUCUGUCAAGGCUGUAGGAUCGUUUGUUGUUGGUACUAUUGGUGCCGGUUCCUUCAAGGGCAUGACCCGAGUCCAGAAGCACGCCGAACUUAUCUAUGCAGAGUCGACGAUUCUGCGUUCGUUGCUGAGUGUCCUCUACCAUCUCGAUGUCUGGAUGGUUGUUGAGGAGUGCAUCAACCUCCGUCAUGCCUUCACCAUCAUCCAGGGCUUGAAGUCGUUCAUGGAUUCUGCAGAGUCGGACCUCAAGAAUGGCAAGAGCAUUGACCACUACCAGAUCGACGAGCACCUCGUCUCUGGAGUCACUCUCUCCUACUCGCUCUACAACAUCAUCAUCUCUUUCUUGCCUGACAUUCUCGUCAAGAUGCUUCAGUUCAUUGGUUUCCCCUCGGAUCGUGAUUGGGGUAUGGCUUUGCUCUCUGCCUGUGGAGACUGGGAUCCUAUGGCCCCUCCAGAGACGGCCAAGGAGCAUGCCGAGCGUCUGGCCUCGUCUGCUAACGACGGUAUCCGUCGUCAGUUCUGUGACAUGGUCCCAAUUAUCUUCCAGGUCAUUGUGUCGUCCUUCAUCCCCAUGAACCAUAUCGACCUCAACUAUGCCCAGAUGAUCAACGACUACAACCUCGAGCGCUACCCGGACUCGCCAUUCUUCCUCUUCUUCAAGGGCCGUCAUCUCCAGGUGACCUCGCGUCUGGACGAGGCCGUGGCGACCUACAAAUCUGUUCAGGUCGAGGAGCCCCGCUGGCAUCAACUGGGUCACAUCUUUGUCUUUGAAGAGCUAAUGAUUGCGAUGAUGCAGAACGAUCACAACAAGGCCUGCGAGAACAGUCGUCAGCUCUUGAAGGAGUCCCGCUGGUCCAAGUGCUGCUUCCGUUACCUGACCGCCGUUACUGGGUAUGAGCGUGGAGACCAGGGCGAAAAGAAGAAGAUUGACAGUUUGAUGGAGAAGGUCGAGGGCGGGAUGCAGAAGGUCGCCGGCAUGAACCUGUUCUUUGAGAACUUUUGUGCACGCAAGUCCAAGAGGUACAUGAAGGAGGGUCACCUGCUUCUUCCCAGCUACGAUUUCAUGCUGUUGUGGAACACCUACGACAUGAUGCCGCCCAAGGUCCUCCAGAAGGCACUCGAGAACAUCUCGACAGAAGUCCGUCGACUCCAGGCCCUGCUCCCCGCCAAGAUGAAGGACCGUGAGAGUCAACCCCUAGCUGCCAAGGACCAAACCAUUGAGGCCUUUGCGGGCGGUAUGCUUGGUGGCAUGUUCUCGAACAAGAAUGCGAUCAUCAAGGACAGCAAGGUGGCCGACUACGAAAACUUUUACGACGACUACUGUCUGGCCUUCUUCCUCCAGGGUCUGGUUGCCUAUCACAUUGCAUUCUUCCCCGAGGAGACGUUCAACAGAGAGAUGUGCAACCUGGCGAACGAGUCGUUCGAGACGGUGUUCCGGUAUGCGCCCUUGAUGAAGGACGACACUUACACGUACUAUUUUGCGCAUUACUACAAGGCCAAGAUCUGGAUCCACCAGGGUCGUCUGGACGAUGCCCAGACUCGGUUCAAGUACCUGUUGGGAUUGUCGAACACAACGUUGAUUGGGUUGCCAGGUUUGGUGGGAGGCAAGGGCAAGAACAGUUUGGAGCUGUUUGUGUUGUUGAAGGUCCACAGUGGAUUGUUGGAUAUCGAGACUGCCCGUGCUGCUGCUGCUAGUGGAGGCGCGAGCUUACAUGGAUCGAGCAUCCGCUCUGACAGUAUUCGUUCCUCCAAGUAG